UUCCCCUUUUCUUUCCUAGGAAAAAUCAAGCUCUUUCCCCCCCAAUUCAUCACCAGCUGUUGUGUUACUGUACCUUCCUUUUUUUCUCCCUGGACCAUCCUAUAUAUAAACAUCACCAAACCACCCUCUUUCCCUUUAUAUUUAUGCUACUACUUCAUUGCGUCAUUUAAUCAAACACCUCUCAAACACUUCUAAACCCCAUCAAAAAUCCCCCCAAAACCCCCAUUAAAUCUCAUUUUUCAUCCUUAUUUCUACAAAUCACAUCCUCAAAAUCAAUUCAAAACACUUAAUUUCAAUAAACCCAUUAAUGGGUUCUCCAAAUUUUCAUCAAUUUCUCCCAAUUUUACUUCUAUUUCAUGUAAUCCUAUCAUCCUCUGUUUUUGUUCAUUCAAAACAGAGUAAUCAAUCUACCAUUAUGUUUUCACUUAAAGCUCAAAAUAUCCCAUAUAGAUCAAUCAGACGGCCAGCAAAGGAAGCAAGUAAGCUCCCUUUUCAUCAUAAUGUUAGUCUUACAGUUUCUCUUUUAGUUGGUACACCUCCACAACCUGUUUCAAUGGUGUUAGAUACAGGAAGUGAACUUUCAUGGCUUCAUUGUAAAAAAACCCCAAAUUUAAAUUCUGUUUAUGACCCGAUUCACUCAAAAUCUUAUUCGGUUACUCCAUGUUCUUCACCCACUUGUAAGACCCGGACCCGGGAUUUUAACAUACCCGUUUCAUGUGACCCGAAAAAACUCUGCCAUGUAUCAGUUUCUUAUGCAGAUGCUUCUUCUAUGGAAGGUACUCUUGCAAUGGAUAAUUUUAUGAUGGGCGGGUCCUCGAUUCCGGGUCUGUUUUUCGGGUGUAUGGAUCAAGGAUUUAGUAGUUCGGACACGGAUUCGGUAACAACCGGGUUAUUGGGUAUGAACCGUGGGUCCUUAUCAUUUGUUUCUCAAAUGGGUUACCCGAAAUUUUCGUAUUGUAUUUCGGGUCAAGACUCGUCGGGUGUAUUAUUAUUUGGGGAGGCUAAUUUUGCUUGGCUUAAACCAAGAAGUUACACUCCUUUAGUAAAAAUUUCUAGUCCUUUACCAUAUUUUGACCAAGUGGCAUAUUCUGUCCCAUUAGAAGGGAUUAAAGUAGGGGAAAAAUUACUAUCAUUACCCAAAUCCAUUCUACAACCCGAUCAUACCGGGGCGGGUCAGACUAUGGUUGAUUCGGGUACACAAUUUAGUUUUUUGCUCGGACCGGUUUACACUGCGCUAAAAAAUGAGUUUUUGGCGCAAACAAAGGGUAAAAUAACACAGUUGGGAGACCCGAACUAUGUUUUCCAAGGUGCAAUGGAUUUGUGUUAUCGGAUGCCCCUAACUCAAUCUGGUUACCCGAUUCUGCCUACCGUGACACUAAUGUUUCAAGGGGCAGAAAUGAGUGUAUCUCAAGAACGGUUAUUGUAUAGGGUUCCGGGUGAGGUUAGGGGUCUAGAUGGGGUGCAUUGCUUCACUUUUGGUAAUUCGGAUCUACUUGGUGUUGAGGCAUAUAUAAUUGGUCAUCAUCAUCAACAAAAUAUGUGGAUGGAGUUUGAUUUGGUGCAAUCUAGAGUAGGAUUAGCUGAGGUUAAGUGUAAUUUAGCAAGCCAAAGAUUAGGAUUGGGUCUUUAAAAAUAGUUCAUGUUUUAAAAUAUAUUUUUAUUUCCCCAAUUUUUCUAAGUUUCAAAAUUAGCGACAUUUGAAUUAUUUUGGCGAAAGCUAUUUUAAUUCAAUUGUGCAAAUUCAGAAGGACGAACGAAAUAUAUAAUCCUACAUAAAAAGUGUGAAAAUAUGUGGUUGGCAAAGAUAUAGGGUGUUGGUAGAGCUUGGUUAGAUGCUAUUUGACCAAACAUGAGUUGAUAAAUAUCUUAAAACAAGGUCCACUUAGGUGUACUGUGUGAAGUGGGUUAUUUUUUGUUAGAAGUAAGAUGUAGUUGUCUAGAAUUGGCAUUUGAUGCUUGAGUUAAGACCUUUGUGUAAAUGUUAAGUAUAUUUACUUGUAUACACUCAUAAGAGAAUGAAAUAUGAUGCUUUUGAAUGUGCA